GAGAGGGCGGGCCUGCUUGGCUUCGGCGUCGGCGUCGCUCCGGCGCUGGGGCGCUAGGCCGGCUUCCCUCCGCGGAUCAAGUGCCGGUGGCCAGCGCGCGCGAGUGUCCAGUCGCGCGCCGUCGGCCGGACGCCAGAGCGUCGGGGUCGUUGUUUGGUGACAACGACGCCGGUAGCGGUCUUCGCGACAGCAGGUGCGGCUGCUUUAGCUCCAAGAGGGCUCGGCGGCUGCCUGGCGAGUCCCUGCUCGCAUCCAGCCUUUUCCUUCCUGGACCCGACGCCAAGCAGCGACACUGAGCCGACCGCCGGAGCGGCGGGCAAUGGCGGCCUCGACGGCCUCGCACCGGCCCAUCAAGGGGAUCCUGAAGAACAAGAGCUCUACGACUUCCUCUAUGGUGUCCUCGGCCGAACAGCCCGGCAGGAGUGUCGACGAAGAACUGAGUAAGAAAUCCCAGAAGUGGGAUGAAAUGAACAUCCUGGCAACAUAUCACCCAGCAGACAAAGACUAUGGUUUAAUGAAAAUAGAUGAACCGAGCACUCCUUACCAUAGUAUGGUAGGUGAUGAUGAAGAUGCAUUGAGUGAUUCAGAAACCACCGAAGCCCUAACCCCAGAUAUGUUAGCUAAGAAAUUAGCUGCUGCUGAAGGCUCAGAGCCAAAGUACCGGGUUCAUGAACAAGAAAGCAGUGAAGAUGAGGACAGUGACCUGUCACCUGAAGAACAAGAAAAAAAGCGACAGUUUGAGAUGAAACGGAAGCUUCACUACAAUGAAGGACUGAAUAUUAAAUUAGCUAGGCAAUUAAUUUCAAAAGACCUAAAUGAUGAUGAGGAAGAUGAAGAAAUGUCAGAGACUGCAGCUGGAGAACGCAUGAAUACAGAAGAAUCAAAUCAAGGAUCUACUACAAGUGACCGACUGCAAAAAAAAUCACAGAAUUCAUAGAAGAGAUUUUCAACACUGAAUUGUCAGAUACAAACCCUGUUACUAUACUAUACUGCUUCUUGUUCUCUACAAUUCAUGACAUAAGUACCAAAAUGCAUACCAGUUAUUAUAUGUUGUCAAGAAUUAAAUAACUUUAGACUAAUUAGACUGAAAAUGCCUAAUUGAUACAUAUAUUCUUGUGCCUAGUACUUCACUAUAAAUACAGCAUACUAUCAGUCCAAAACUGCAUUACUUUUGUAAGAACACUGGUUAAUUUGUGUAAGAUAUAUAGCUUUUUAUGCUUUAGAGGUUAAACAAUAUCUUGGGGAUGGGAAAGGGAUCUAAUUUAUUUUCUUCACUUCUAGACAUGAUAGCUCUUACAAAUUUUUGUUUUUAAUCAACAUCCAAUUGGAACAACAGAUUAUUAGUCUGAGAAAUAUUCAGUCUGAAAAGUAUUUUAACACACGUCUUCAACUUGGUUUGUCUGUUUAAUUGAAAAGGAUUGUAAGAGUUACUAUUGCCAUUUUCUGGCCUACUACCUUUAAAAUUCUUUUUGAGUUUCGUUAUGUUUACAAGGAAAGGAUUGAACUUAUUCUCACCAGAACUAGCUUUUUUCACAAAUUAUCAGGUUAAACUUGCACUAAUGUUUGCUUUUUUUUUUUUUUGUACACUUGAUGGGCAAAUUUCAGAUCAGUUUUUUAAAUAAAUAUAAUUCUAAUAUAGUCUCAGCAUUCCCUUUAUAUACCUAUCUUAACCACCUGCCUUUAUUUCUUACUCUUUUCCACAUAUGCACACAAUCCUUUACCUUUAUUAAAGGAUCAUAAAGCUUAUCAUGACAUUAGGAACUCUUCCUUCUCUCACAUAUUCUUUCAUUUGCUGCAACAGUGAAAAUCUUAUUUUGACUUCAAUGCCUAUUUUUUCUUCUAAUACAUGGAAAAAAUAAUUGAAUAGCAGCAGUACUAUAGAGAGAAAAUACAAUUCAACUGCAGAAUUUCUACUCUGAUUUAUAGCUUGCUAAUUAAAUUGCUAUUACUAGUUUAUUGUUUGACUUAAUUAGACCUUAGGAAACAACAGGUUUUUUUGCAUGAUGAGAGAAUUGUGUGUAACCAGUGAUAUGAUGAUAGUUCCUGAAUGUACAAACAGAAGUAAUCCUGAACACUUUUUAAUUUAAAAACUUUAAUCCCUGCUUUAAGGGAAUAUGAUAAUGUAUACUAUGACAAGUGUACUUUAUUCUUCUAACACAGUAAGAUUGAGAUUUUUUUUCCUGAAAGGCAGUGCAGUUCCUGUGUAUCUUGGUUUAGUGAUCGUUUCAUUUCUAGUCAAUUAUUUGUAUCUUAAUUUUUUUUUAGUACCCAAAGAAUCCAUUCUAUGAACAGACUUUUUCAAUCAUUUCUGUAUAUUGUGUCUAUGAAAUGGCUGUUAUUGGACAGCUUAUCUUCUCCCUACAAGCUUAUGGAAAUACCAGUAUGUCAAAAUAAAUGAAAAGUGGGAGAGUUCUGUGCUGUUAGAAGAAGGGUUUAUUAUUUUGAAUGUCUUUUUUAAAUGGGAUCCAAUCAAAGCACUUCUGAACUGCAGGUAUAGUAUUCUAACUAAAACAUGAUAGCUAGUAAUAUCACAAAACAGUGUUUAUCUCUGCUUCUUGAAUUUAGAAUGUUGAGGUAUUCUUACCUGUUUAAACCCGCUUGGGGGGUUUUGUAUUCAUAUGUGUAUCCAUAUGUUCAUGCACACAGACCUCUGUUUUUGGUUUUCUCAUUUUGAGUUCUUAGAAAGUAUCCACAUACUCUUUAUUUGUAGAAAUAGCUGCUGUACAGUGAAGAAAACCGAUUCAACUGAUUGGUUGGUGUUUUCACAACUGAUUGUUUUGGUGUCUUCUACAAACUAUUUCUUGAAACUUCAAUCACAGGCCAAACUCAUUUCUUGUUUCAGGAAGUGUAGAUAGUUAUCUCAGGGGAGUAAGACAUGGAAAAGAGCAUGCUCAGUGGGAUUUUAGGUAGUCAAAUAUAACUGAGUAAAACUUUUCAUCAAGUCAUGAAUUCCUAAGUGACAUGGUAUUGGACGAUAAGAAAUGAACCUUUAUGAUUCAAGUUGCAUUUUCUGUCAAUGUUCAGUUCUAGCCUAGCCACGGUAGAUUUUAUGUUCAACUUUUUAAUUGAUACCACUUCCUCUGCUUAACUCUUUUGGUGUCAUCUUUUCUAUUCAUGUGUUUUCAGUCCGAAAUUCAGCAGUGAAGUUCUUUAAAAUCUGAGACAUAAUUGUAUAAAUAGAUUGUUAAAAUAAGAAUAGCUUUAAAUUGAAAGUUAAAGCAAAGUGCCGUUUUUCCCUAGACUUUUGUUUACAUUUUUCCCUUUAAAUAGGUACACUAAACAUUGUAAUAAAUAUAGUAAUAACGACAA